CUGGAUACUGUAAGAAACACCUCUCUGUACACCUACUCAGCUGGAAGCGCCAAGAAUGGAAUCCCAGGAAGAUUUAGCCAAGGUCUCGCUGGUCGAGGAGAUGGCAGAUAAGGCGAGAUUCUUCGUCUAUAACUACAACGCCACGACCUUAGUGACUACGGCUGGUCUCGCUCUCGGUCUCUUCUUCAUCGUCACAGCUAUCGCACUGUAUUACUACUACUACGCUACUACCAAUCGUCGUACCGGAAGGGAUCGGGAGAAUGAACACAGCUACACGUACGCCACCAAGAGCGACUUCGUCAAUGUGUUGUACCUCCUGGAAGAGGCUUGGGCGCUGUACGAUAUCAGGGAACAGGAGUGUCGGCGCCGUGUGGUGUGCGAGGCUCACCUGCCAGACGCAAGAUAUGUAAACAAACCGGUCUCAGGGAUACUCAGCGAGCUCCUCAGCCAGGUGACUGAGGACACCUUAAACAAUGCUGACCAGGAACUCGCAGCCGCCGUACGAGAUCUGCAGCUGGCAGCGCAGUACGGGCGGUCGGUGAGGAGCUGCCAGGCGUAUGCUAAAUACUGCUUGACAAUUACACUGGCAGACGUACCACAUAAUUGACCUAACCUAAGCUCGUUUGACCUAACCUAAGAUAGCUUUAUAUAAUCUAACUUAACCUGAGAUAAUGAUAACCUGAUCUAACCUACUUGCUGUACGAUAUGACCUUAACUUAACGACCAGGACCUACUUAACGACUUGACUUGCUCAACGACCCUGACUUACUAAACGACCCUAACUUACUAAACGACCCUGAUUUAACGACCAGAACCUACUUAACGACCCUCACUUACUUAACCUGACUUACUAAACGACCCUUCCUUACUAAAAUACCCUGACUUACUUAACGACCCUUCCUUACUAAACGACCUUCACUUAACGACCCUGACUCAAUAAAUUACCCUUCCUUACACUCAAAAUCUGAACUGAAAUUAUUCACUACUUCCAAAAACCCGAUUCAAAAAAAUUCUAAUUACCCCUAUGAUAUUUUUGGGGUGUUAAACAGAUAAAACACUAAAAUGGCCAGUAUACUUAUAUAAACCUCGUAAGUGUGGUUUAAGUAGAGUGUAGUAAAGUAUCUAGAAAUUAAUUAAUGUAUUAUUCAGUGUAAGUUAUUGAUCUAUUUUCUAUAAUUUACUAAAAUCAGCUAAUGUUUAUAUUUGCUGUCAAUAAUUAUUUUAGUAUAAUUUAUUAAACUUAACCAAAUUAUUUGUUCUCACUAAAUUUCAAUAUUAUUUACUUAUAUUUUUCACCCGAAGUGCGUAUUGUAUACAAUUUAUUGGUGUAUUUGAUCAAGAUGUAUGAAUGUAUUGUAAUGUAUUGUAGUUUAGUGAUCAUUACUUCAGAAUGGUAAUAAAAUAGUUUUUUUUGUUUC